UGGAAAAUGGCGACGGACACGCAGGUUUCAGACACCCUUAGGAGGUUUGCUGCGAAAGUCACUACAGCCAGUGUGAAGGAGAGGCAACAGAUACUUUCGGAAUUGGGGAACUGUGUUAUCGGAAAAGAUCUACCUGAUGCUGCUGUGAAAGGUUUGUGCAAACUUUUCUGCUUGACUCUACAUCGCUACAGGGAUGCAACAUCACAAAGAGCCCUUCAGACAGUAAUUCAGCAACUGGUGGAAAGUCAUGCUGAGGCAACAACAAAACACCUGGUGCAAUGCCUGCAGUCGACCGGGAUCACCUGUAAGAAUGGCAAUCCAAGUAAAAGCAGUGCCUCAGCAGCAUCCCUUGCUCUCAACUGGACAUUACUGCUGGUCAAGACAGCAUUCACAACCCCUGAAAAACAAGCAACCGAGAUUUGGAUAAAGUUGGUAGAUGUACAGUGCCUGCUCUUAAUGGAGGUUAUGGGUGGUGGUAACAAGCAUACAGUGAAUGGGGCCCUGAAGAAACUCAAACAUCUAUGGAAAGAGAACCCAGAUCUUGCACGGCAGUAUUUGGCAACAGCAGUGGGUCUGGAACCAAACCCACUCCAUUUAGCAAUGCUAGGAGUUUUAGUGCAGUACUGUACAGACCAGAAAGAUAUCGCCACCAUCAACAAGCAUAAGAGUCAGAUGUUAGAUCUCUACAUGAAAACGGUGCUGAUGAGCAAGACCAAACCUCCAAAAUAUCUUCUGGAACGCUGUGAACCACUGCUUCGCCAUGUGUCCCAUGAAGAGUUCAAGAGCUCUCUGCUCCCGACAAUGCAUAAAUCUAUCCUGCGUAGCCCAGAGAAUGUAAUUGAAACGAUCUCCUACUUAUUAUCUUCAGUAACCCUUGACCUUAGCCAGUAUGCAAUGGACAUUGCCAAAGGCCUUGCAAGCCAACUGAAGUCUAACAAUGCGCAACUGAUGGACGAGGCUGUGACAGCUUUACGCAACUUAACCCAUCAGUGCAGUGAUCAGACAGCUGCUGAAUCUCUUGUCAGACAUCUCUUUGCCAUUCUUGGGGGUUCUGAGGGCAAGCUGACUGCUAUAUCACAGAAGAUAAGUGUGCUGUCAGGCAUUGGAAGCUGCAGUCACCAUACAGUUGGUGGUAUUUCGAGUCAAACCCUGAGUGGUACAGUCGCUGAGCUCUUCAUCCCCUUCCUGCAACAAGAAGUUCAUGAGGGCACUUUGCUUCAUGCCAUCUCCAUCCUUGCACUCUGGUGCAGCAAGUUCACAACUGAGAUUCCCAAGAAACUGAUAGAAUGGUUCAAGAAGGCUUUCACUCUGAAAACCUCAACGUCUGCCAUCAGACACGCCUAUCUGCAAUGUAUGCUAGUCUCAUUCCGUGGUGACACUUUACUUCAAGCGUUAGAACUAUUGCCGCUGUUCCUGCAGACUGUCGAAAAGGUGCCCUCACAGAGUACCCAAAUUCCCAUCGUAGCAGAAGGUGUUGCAGCUGCUGUUCUGAUCUGCAGACUAUCUUUGGUGGACACAACAGUUGAGUCCAAGUUGACAACUUUCUGGCCGUUAGUUCUAGAUGAGAAGAAACAAUUUUUUGCCUCUGAAAAGUUCCUUUCCCUUGCUUCUGAGGAUGCUCUUUGCACAGUGUUGCAACUCACUGAGAGACUGCUUUUAGACCUUCCAGAAAUCAAGGGCCAGAUGUACCACAAAGCCCUCGUUGUUGUGCUGCUGAGUAAAACGUGGCGAGUUCGGAAACAGGCUCAGCAGACAGUCAGGAAGUUACUGUCAUCUCUCGGUGGUGUUAAGCUAGCAUAUGGGCUACUGGAAGAGCUCCAAAUCAUUCUGAGCACCCACAAGAUACUUCCUCAGGAGGGGUUGGUGACUGAAUCGGGUGAACCAACAGAAGCCGGCAGGUCCUACAUUCCACCCCGAGUGCUGCUAGAGGCAUUAUGUGUGAUAACAGGUAUCCCAGGAUUGGAGAAUGAUGUCAACGAGGCUGAGAAAUUGGCCAGAAAAAUGGUGUUUGUGGCACAUCACCCUUCUAUAGAGGCUGCUCAAACAGGACUGUGGUUGGCCGUUCUGCUCAGACUAAAGUUGGACCCUGUUGAGUUUGUUAAAAAGCAUCUGAAUGACAUCCUGCCCAGUGUCACCGCCCAGUCUGUCAAAAACCAGGCCAUUAUAAAUGCUGUGGCCUCCAUGUCUGUCUUUGCUUCAUCAGUUGUAUUGCCACAUGUGAGUAGCCUGGUUGCAAGCAUGUUUGGAAAUCCUGCUUUCCAUCAAGUGACUAAUGAGGAGUAUAAGAUCAUGCUGGUUCCUGAGGGAGAGCUGUACGACAAGUCCCUCAUCCAAAUUGCACAGCAAGAAACCACAAAGAAAGCCAAUCUGAAACGGGAAAAUAAAGCAUAUUCCUUUAAGGAGCAAAUAAUUGACAUGGAACUUAAGGAGGAAAUUAAAAAGAAGAAAGGUCUGAAGGACGAGGUGCAGCUGAGCAACAAACAGAAGGAACUCCUGCAGUGUCAGCUGGAGAAAGAGUCUAUGAUCAGGAAGCAACUUCAGCAGUUGGAUGAGGAUUUGCAAUCCGCUCUGAAUGUUCUGAAUGCCAUCAUCAAAAAGAACCCACCUGGUUUGUCACAGCAGAUUCCUACUCUGAUCCGCUCAUUCCUCCCACUCUUCCAGUCACCACUUGUAGCUCCCAGGAUUAAGAAUACUUUCUUGGCAUUGGGUACAUGUAUCUUGCCAGCAGAUCUAAAAAACCUAGGUUCCCUAAUUGGCCAUGUGACGCUUCGGCUAUUGAAACCUGCGUGUGAAUUGGAUGAAGCUUGGUGCCAGGAAGAACUUCUAACUGCGACCGCCCGUGCUGUGUGUCUGCUGCGUUCACUUACUGUGGCGAACCGUACAGGCAAGGUUGAGGCUGAUGUCAGACCCCUCACUGCUCCAGCAUUUGCUUAUUGCUUCCCCCUCUUAAAAAUGGUCUUGACUGAUACAAUCAAUGACAGUGAAGAAAAGGAGGGGAUACUGAUUCAGGCACUCCAAGUGAUCAAUGAGCAUGCUCAGCUGAGAUCAGCAACUGACAGCUCUCAAUUGAUUGAUGAGGCUGGUCCUGAGCUGCUACCACGGAUGGAGAUGCUCCUGCUACUGACCAGAGUAAUUGCCACCGGUUCACCACGACUCCAGGUGCUAGCUUCGAAUACACUGACUUCGUUAUGUGCCAGCAGCAGCGGUGAGGAAGGGUGUGCAUACGCUGAACAGGAGGAGAUUGAUGUCUUGUUGCAAGCUUUACUGUCGCCAUGUUCUGCAGUGCGCGAUGCUGCUCUAAGGGGUCUGUUGGAGAUGAACAUGGUGUUGCCGACCCCAGAUAGUGAUGAGAAGAAUGGAUUGAACUUGCUGCGCCGAUUGUGGGUUUCCCAGUUUGAUGUGGACGAGGAGACCAGAUUGCAGGCUAAACAGUUGUGGAGUACAAUGGGGUUGGAGCUGCAGCCAAACCUGUGUUCGUUGCUGAUUAAAGAUGUGAUAUACCACGAGGAUGCCAUACGCCAAGCAGGAGCAGCAGCCCUGUCUAACGCCGUGGCCCAGUAUCAGAGCCAGGCUGCCGAAGUGAUGGCCAAGCUGAUUGAAAUUUAUCAGGAAAAGCUUUACAGGCCACCGCCAGUCUUAGAUGCCCUUGGUCGAGUAAUAUCGGAAUCUCCACCUGAUCAGUGGGAAGCCAGGUGUGGGAUUGCUCUGGCUUUGAACAAUCUUUCCCAAUAUUUGGAUGGAUCACAGAUAAAGCUGCUGUUCCAAUUCUUUGUACCUGAAGCAUUAAAUGACCGUCACCCAGAGGUCAGGAAGUGCAUGUUGGAUGCAGCUCUGUCUGCACUGAACACCCAUGGAAAGGAUAACGUUAGUUCACUCCUCCCCGUGUUUGAAGAAUUCCUGCGGAAUGCACCGAACGAUGCUAGCUAUGAUGCUGUGAGACAGAGUGUGGUCAUUCUCAUGGGUUCACUGGCAAAGCAUUUAGACAAGAGUGAUCCCAAAGUGAAACCCAUUGUGGCAAAGCUCAUCACUGCUCUCUCCACACCUUCUCAACAGGUUCAGGAGUCAGUUGCUGGCUGUUUACCACCACUGGUUCCUGCCAUCAAAGAUGAUGCCUCUGGAAUGGUUCAGAAGCUGCUGCAGCUGCUGUUGGAGUCAGAUAAAUAUGCUGAGCGGAAGGGGGCAGCAUAUGGGCUGGCUGGGCUGGUGAAAGGAUUGGGCAUCCUCUCCCUGAAGCAACAGGAAAUAAUGGUAACGUUAACUGAUGCCAUUCAGGACAAGAAGAACUUCCGGAGGCGGGAAGGUGCUCUCUUUGCCUUUGAAAUGUUGUGCAAUAUGCUGGGAAAACUCUUCGAACCGUACGUAGUACACAUACUCCCUCACUUGCUCUUAUGUUUUGGGGAUGGAAACCAGUAUGUCCGAGAGGCAUCUGAUGACACUGCAAAGGCAGUCAUGCGUAACCUCAGUGCCCAUGGUGUGAAGCUUGUAUUGCCUUCACUGCUGGUUGCUCUAGAAGAGGAAUCUUGGAGAACUAAAGCAGGUUCUGUGGAAUUACUGGGUGCUAUGGCAUACUGUGCUCCCAAGCAGCUGUCAUCCUGCCUGCCGAGCAUCGUGCCCAAGCUGACUGAAGUGCUGACUGACUCUCAUGUGAAGGUGCAGAAGGCAGGACAACAAGCCCUGCGGCAGAUUGGUUCAGUCAUCAGAAACCCUGAGAUCCUGGCAAUCACGCCUGUUCUAUUGGAUGCUCUAACGGACCCAUCCAGGCGGACACAGCUGUGCCUUCAGACGCUGCUCGAUACCAAAUUUGUCCACUUUAUUGAUGCGCCAUCACUGGCUCUGAUAAUGCCCAUUGUACAAAGAGCAUUCCAGGAUCGAUCUACCGAUACCCGUAAGAUGGCAGCUCAAAUUAUUGGGAAUAUGUAUUCCCUUACAGACCAGAAGGAUCUUGCACCAUAUCUGCCCAGUGUGAUGCCUGGAUUGAAGUUAUCUCUGCUAGACCCUGUUCCGGAGGUUCGUACAGUAUCAGCAAAGGCUCUGGGGGCAAUGGUGAAAGGAAUGGGCGAGUCGUGUUUUGAUGAUCUGCUACCUUGGCUUAUGGAGAUGCUGGCUUCAGAGCAGAGUUCAGUUGAUCGAUCUGGCGCUGCACAAGGCCUGGCUGAAGUAAUGGCUGGACUCGGAGUUGAAAAGCUGGAAAAACUCAUGCCAGAUAUUGUGGCCACUGCCAGCAAGGUGGAGAUUGCCCCACACGUCCGUGACGGUUACAUGAUGAUGUUCAUCUACCUGCCUGUGACCUUUGGAAAUAAGUUCACAGCAUAUGUAGGACCCAUCAUACCUUGCAUUCUGAAGGCUCUUGCUGAUGAGAACGAAUUUGUUCGUGAUACCGCCCUGCGUGCUGGACAGCGAAUUAUAAGCAUGUAUGCAGAGACUGCCAUAGCACUGCUGCUCCCAGAGCUGGAGCAGGGAUUGUUUGAUGAUAACUGGCGGAUCAGGUUCAGUUCAGUCCAACUGCUGGGAGACUUGCUUUUCCACGUUUCAGGAGUGACUGGCAAAAUGACAACAGAGACUGCCUCAGAAGAUGACAACUUUGGCACUGCGCAGUCCAAUAAGGCUAUUAUUGGUGCACUUGGUCUUGAGAGGCGAAAUCGUGUGCUUGCUGGUCUCUACAUGGGUCGUUCUGACACCCAGCUGGUGGUGCGUCAAGCCUCACUACACGUCUGGAAGAUUGUUGUUUCAAAUACACCACGAACGCUGCGGGAAAUCCUGCCAACACUCUUCACUCUGUUACUGGGUUUCUUGGCCAGUACCUGUGCUGACAAGAGGACGAUUGCUGCAAGGACACUGGGUGAUCUUGUGCGAAAGCUGGGAGAAAAGAUUUUGCCAGAGAUCAUUCCAAUCCUGGAAGCAGGGCUAAAGUCAGAGAAGAGUGAUGAGAGACAGGGAGUCUGUAUUGGUCUCAGUGAGAUCAUGAAGUCAACCAGCAAAGAUGCAGUGCUUGUCUUCUCCGAGUCUCUCGUUCCCACAGUACGGAAGGCCCUCUGUGACCCACUUGAAGAAGUUCGAGAGGCUGCAUCCAAGACUUUUGAACAGCUUCACUCAACAAUUGGAUACCAGGCAUUAGAUGACAUUCUGCCAUUCCUGCUGGAACAGCUUAACAAUGAGGAAAUGUCAGAUUUUGCUCUGGAUGGAUUGAAGCAAGUGAUGGGAGUGAAGAGUCGUGUUGUUCUUCCCUACCUAGUGCCAAAGCUUAUAACGCCACCAGUUAACACCCGGGUGCUAGCUUUCUUGUCUUCGGUGGCAGGCGAUGCGUUGACUCGCCACCUCAAUGUGAUCCUGCCUGCGGUGAUGACUGCACUGAAGAACAAGAUGGGAACCAGCGAAGAGGAAGAGGAGCUGGCUAAUUGUCACUCAGUGAUUCUGUCUGUGGGGGAUGAGGUUGGUCAAAGGGUCAUCCUAGAGGAUUUGCUGGAGGCAACAAGGAACCCAGAUGUUGGGAUGCGCAAAGCUGCAGCAACAAUCAUCAACGCUUACUGUUCGAAGACCAAAGUUGACUAUUUUGCCCAUGUCAGGAACCUGAUGUCUGGAUUGAUCAGAUUGCUCAAUGACACAGAUGAGACUGUCCUGAAUGAGAGUUGGGAUGCUUUGAAUGCAAUAACCAAGAAAUUGGAUGCUGGAAGCCAGUUAUCACUUGUGGACGAUCUGCACAGAGAUAUCCGUGCAGCAGCUGCUGAGACCAAAGGGGAACAUCUGCUGGGAUUCUGCAUUCCUAAGAAGGGUGUUACUUCGAUCCUGCCUGUUCUGAGAGAGGGUGUAUUGACAGGAAACCCUGAGCAAAAAGAGGAGGCUGCCAAGGCCCUAGGCCUUGUUAUCAAGCUAACAUCCGCAGAGGCGCUGCGACCAUCUGUAGUUAACAUCACCGGACCUCUAAUCCGUAUCCUAGGUGACCGGUUCAGCUGGAAUGUGAAAGUGGCUCUCUUAGAAACCCUCAGUUUGCUGCUAAGCAAGGUGGGAAUUGCCCUGAAGCCCUUCCUUCCACAAUUGCAAACUACUUUCACAAAGGCGCUAUCUGAUACAAAUCGUUCUGUCCGCCUGAAAGCAGCAGAGGCUCUUGGGAAUCUGAUCAUUAUUCACACCAAGGUGGACCCGCUAUUUACUGAACUUCUGAAUCUUGUGCGAAGCGCAGAUGAUUCUAGUGUGAGAGAGACCCUUCUUCAGGCACUGCGUUUUGUUAUUCAGGGUGCUGGUGCCAAGGUAGAUGGAACAAUCCGAAAAAACACCACCACUCUGUUAUUGGGAAUGUUGGGACAUGAUGAGGAUGCAACACGCAUGGCCUCAGCUGGUUGUUUAGGGGAGCUGUGUGCAUACUUGCCAGAUGAUGAACUCAAUAUUAUUCUAAAAAAUCACCUUUUGGCUGAUGUAUCAGGUAUUGAUUGGAUGGUGAGGCAUGGAAGAAGUGUAGCGCUCUCAGUUGCAAUGAAAGUGGCCCCAAGCAAGCUCUGCACACCUGAAUACAACACCAGCGUACUGGACAUGAUUAUUGCCAGUGCUACAGCAGACAGGAUUCCCAUUGCCACAAGUGGAAUCCGAGCCAUGGGUUUCCUGAUGAAACACCAAGUUCAGGCUGAGGGUGGAACAGUGUCUCCAAAACUCAUCUCAUUGCUGGUGAAGAAUUUGCAGAAUUCAUCGAGUGACAUGAAAUUAGUUGCAGAGAAAAUGGUCUGGUUAGUGAAUAAAGAAACUUCGAACCCACUUGACCCUCAGACAAUCAAACCGAUUCUGAAAGCUUUGCUCGAUAAUACAAAAGACAAAAACACCAGUGUCAGAGCAUACAGCGAGCAGGCCAUAGUCAGCUUGCUCAGGUUAAGGGAAGGAGAAGAGUUGUAUCAGAAUGUUUCCAAAAUUCUUGAUACUGCUAGUCUGGAUCUAUUGGCUGAAAGCUAUCGGCGGUCUUUGAAGAAACUUGCCGGACAGGCAGACUCAACAGAACAGGUCGAUGACACUAUUCUGACAUGACGUUGAAGAAUUGAAUGGAUUUUUUGGUGAACCAUCUUCACGUGAAAAGUUUUAAUUUUUAAUUUGUUUCAAAGUGCAGUCACCAUUACGGCGGGCUGUUGGAAUUGGACAUGAUUCUGUGUUAGCGUUGCUGCACGUAAUUUGUGAGAGAAGUGAAUCAAGACAUGGUGGUGUCAUGACAAGGCUUUCCAGUAGCAAGUAUUAAUGGUAGUGCAAGGGACCUGGAGUUAAAUAACCAGAGAGUGACAGCACACAUGCCUUCAAAAACAUAAAGAUUUAAUAAAACUUUGACUCAGA